AUGGGUAAUAAACUGGGGAAAAUUCUUGAAAGGAAAUCCUACGGACAGAGUGUCGUUACUCGAUCAGGUUAUGGUGGUGAAACGACGACUUAUGGUGGUGAUACACAUAAUUUCCAUUCUACUCAUACAGCUUUACAUCGCGGUUACGCAGAACCGGCAACAACAAGUUUCGUUGUUGGCAAAGGCGAUUGCGCCUGUAAUGUUAAAAUUACAGUGACUGUUAGUAGUUCACCAAAAAUAGCAACAAAUGUAACAACUAUCAAUGAUACUUACGAUUUUAACAAGCGUUAUGUUGAUUUGGAUUUAACCCGAGGUAAUGGAUCCGUCAUCGUAUCGACAAAUGGAAUAAUAGCAGAGCAAGCGGAUCGACCUGCCUCCGUCCAUACAUAUAAUACUACUAAAAGAUUGACAUCCCAUGAAUCCGACAUUGUUAGACGUUCGAAUACUCCAUCAUAUAUUAAAAUCGAUUAUCCAAAAACAAGAGCAAGUCAUAUUGAAAGUUCUAGCAGUCGCGCAUCGAACCUUUAUUCAACAAUACAGGAACCGGUAAAUUCAAGUGUGCAAUGGCGAGAAGUUCACUCAAAAUCAUCUCAUACAGGUCCAACAAUCACUGAAAUUUCCAAUGCUGAAGAUCAGUUUGGGGCUCGUUCACAAGCGAAUGUAUCAUCACAACGAUCAGCUUACUUCAAAUCAUCUUCUAGUUCGAGCCAAUCUCGCGGUGAACAACAAGGAGGUGAUAUUAACGCACGAAGGAUUCUUUCAUCAACAGCAGAAGAAAGAACAUUGGACACAUCCCAAAAUACUGACAAUGCUGAUGAAGAUCGUGAUGGAGAUGACACAUAA